AUGAAUGAAAAGGAUAGUGUUGGUGAGUUUUAUCUCGAUGAUCUGUCAGAUUGUCUUCACUGCUCUUCAGCAAGUGGUACUGAUGACGAAAGUGAUAGCAGUAAUGUAAUGAUUCGAAAGCGACGUUCUGUAUUACCACUAAUAUACAGUGAUUCAGAAGACGAUGAUAUAAAUAAUAACGUUGAAGACAGCAGUGGUACAUGGUCCACGAACGACAAGACUAUAAUUUUGGAACCUUUCGAAGGCAGCCCCGGCGUAAAAAUUAUGCCAAGUUCCCCUAAAAGUGUAAUGGAUAUUGUAAAUUUAUUCAUUGGAAAUGACCUGAUUGAGCACUUGGUAAGGAAAUCUAAUAGAUAUCAUUAUCAAGUCAUAGAAAAAUAUAGAAUUAUAUCAAAAACGAAAAAAUGGACAGACAUCACAGUAUCUGAAAUGAAGAAAUUUUUGGGUCUAAUAGUUCUAAUGGGACAAGUAAAGAAGGACGUUCUCUACGACUAUUGGUCCACGGAUCCAACUAUAGAAACGCCAUUCUUCUCGAAAGUAAUGAGCAGAAACAGAUUUUUACAAAUAAUGCAAAGCUGGCAUUUUUGUAACAAUGACAACAUUUCUCCCAAUUCGCAUAGGCUUGCGAAAGUCCAGCCUGUCGUCGAUUAUUUAAAGCAAAAAUUUAACGAUGUAUAUAAACCAGAUCAACAAUUGUCUCUGGAUGAAUGUAUAAUUCCGUGGAGAGGUAGACUUUCAAUCAAGACAUAUAAUCCCACAAAAAUCAUAAAAUACGGAAUACUGGUCAGAGUACUGUCUGAAGCUCGUACAUGAUACGUAUCUAACUUUUGUGUGUAUGCUGCUGAUGGAAAAAAAUUAGAAGAGACUGUGUUAUCGGUCAUUGAACCGUAUAAGAACA